CGGAACGUUCUCUGUUUUUUUCCCCUUUCAUCGCUCGGUGCUUCUUCCAUUGCUUUAUAUCUAAGGGCUUGCACUGAAGCGGCGAGUUGGUGUACUACUACUACUUGGUACUUGAACAGGCACUCACUCCCGUUAUCUCUAUUUUGCCAUUCAAAUCUGGGCCCGAUUUUUCCUUAUUUAUUUUCUCUCUCGGUGUUGGCGGUUGUUGCUCGUCAAGUUAUCGUUAUAUCGCCUCUUCGGCGCCAUCUUGGAUAGAGCAAUGGGAAGCUGUUGAGCGAAAUCGUGUUGCGUCGCCUCGGUUCUAUUGCAGCCCGUCAAGCAGCUAACGCAAAAUGCGACCCGACUCGCUGGCGUUGGCCGCCGUGGCCGCUGUGGCCGCUGUGGCCGGCGCAUCGACGCUAACUCCCAACGUGUUGCCGCUCAUCGUUCGGAACCCGUACUUGAGCACUUGGCUGAACCACGCUCGAGGGGCGCCCUGGGAGCAUUGGCCCAUGUUCUACACUGGGGCUCAUGUUGGCUUCUCGGUCAUGGCCUCUGUCCCAGAGACAGGCAAGGUCUAUCCGCUCCUCGGACGACCGCAGGAUUCCCUGCCGCGCGGCUACGGACGCUACGACGUCGGAUACCCGGAGUAUCUGGGCGCCACUUUUGAUGCGUCGACGACGAACCUGACGUACCGGGUGUCGGGAAGCUCGCCGGGGGAUUACGUACGGCUGACGCUGUCUUUCCUCUCGCCCAUCACGCCGUCAUCCACAUUCAGGCAGUCGAUCCCCGCCGCCUACCUGACCGUCCUCGCCGAGGGUUGUCUCGACGUCAGCGUCUACACCGACCUCAAUGGCGAGUGGGUCACGGGGAACAGGGGCAACGUGGUGACGUGGGAUUUCCACAGACACAACCGCUCAGAGAGCAGCGGCGGCUGGGGCACCGAGCUGAAGACGUGGAAGGUCGCGCGCGCCGGUCAGCAACUCUUCACCGAGUUUGCUGACCGCGCCGAGUGGGGGACGCUGUACUUCACGGGUCCGGCCGACGCUCACCACCAGAGCGGCACGUCUGCGGUUUUGCGCAAACAGUUCGCCGAGAACGGGGUCUUGAGGGACGAAGUCGACGGCCGGUUCCGUCGUGUCAUGGACGAGGAGCCCGUGUUUGCCUUCUCCAAGUCUUUCGGACUCGCCGGCGCCGGCAAGCCCGGGACUGGGUGCCACUGGAAGAAGGGGAGCGUCACCUUUACGUUCGCGCUGGUCCAGGACCCUGUGGUGCAGUUCGCGAGGGCCAGCGGGCUGAAGCACAUGAAACCGCUCUGGAAGUCGUACAUCUCGCACGCAGACGAGCUCGUCACGUUCCACUACGACGACUUCCACACCGCCGCGGCCCUUGCCAGGAACUAUUCGAACUCGCUGGCGCGCGAUGCGUACAACUCGGGCUCGCAGGACUACCAGGACAUUGCCGCGCUCUCGGCCCGCCAGGUCCUGGGCGCCACUCAGUUCUCCGGAACUCCGGAGAGCCCGAUCCUGUUUCUGAAGGAGAUCUCCUCCAACGGCAACUUCCAAACCGUAGAUGUCAUCUUCCCGGCCUUCCCAUUCUUCCUGUACACCAACCCGAAGUGGCUGGCAUACCUCCUGGAGCCGCUGCUGGAGCACCAGCUCAGCGGCCAGUAUCCGAACGACUAUAGCAUGCACGACCUCGGCACCCACUUCCCGAACGCGACGGGCCACCCAGACGGGAGAGACGAGUACAUGCCGGUCGAGGAGUGCGGCAACAUGCUCAUCAUGGCCCUCGCCUUCGCCAACGCCCUGCGUUACGACACGGAGCCUGCGUUCCUCAGAGCACGCGACGGCGUCGGCGCAGCAGCAGCACCGCCCCCGUCGUCCUCCGGCCGGCACAACUCAGUCGUCGACAAUUACGGUAUCGAUCUCCACAGCGACCUUGACAUGGCAGACGGCAGCGGCAGCGGCAGCACGGGCGACAGAGCUGCCCGAAGGUGGCUCGCGCGCUCGUACAAGCUCUGGGAGCAGUGGACGGCCUACCUCGUGCGCGAGUCGCUGAUCCCGCACAACCAGCUCUGCACCGACGACUUUGCCGGGUGGCUGGCCAACCAGACAAACCUGGCGCUCAAGGGCAUCAUCGGUAUCAGAGCCAUGAGCGAGAUCGCCGAUCUGGUCGGCAAGGACGAAGACGCGAAGCGAUACAGGGACAUCGCGGAAGACUACAUCGCCAAGUGGCAGGAGUAUGGGAUCUCGCGAGACCGGACGCAUGCCAAGCUGGCGUAUACGUGGUACGGGUCGUGGACGACCAUCUAUAACCUAUACGCCGACUCCCUCCUGUGUUUCCACGUCACCGAGAACGGCGAGUCCGCGACGACGCGCAGCCUCGGAGGAGAUGGCCAGAAGCCGAUCGGGGGUGGCGACGGGAAGGAAAAGCCUUUUAUCCCCGACGAGGUAUAUCAGAUGCAGAGCGACUGGUACCACGCCGUGCUGCAAAAGUAUGGCCUACCCCUCGACUCGAGGCACUUAUACACAAAGAGUGACUGGGAGUUCUUUGCUGCUGCCGUCACGGGAGAGAAGACGAGGACAGAGAUCCUGACGGCGGUGGCGCGGUGGGUGAAUGAGACUGUUGUCGACCGCCCAUUAACGGACUUGUACGAGACCGAAGGAAAUGGCAACUUCCCCGGCAACAUCCGAUUCAUGGCGCGGCCAGUCGUGGGCGGACACUUUGCCUUUCUAGCCUUGGAGAGGGCGUGUGGGGGGAAGGCUACCGAGGCGUUGCGGUUCUUGGACCGCUCGCCGCCUGCCGUCAUCGACGUGGUUAAAGUGUUGCAGGCGGAGCGGCAAGAGGGAAUGGAGACAGACGAUGAGUGGGACGAUCUCUAGAGGAGAGGAGCAGGGGUAUGUUAACUAUAUUUAGGUAGGAUACCGUCUCUUGUGGACGGCUUCACCGUUGUCCGUGAUAACCACUCUGUGCUCUCGGGACGGGCCAAAACCCAAAGCAGCAAAACUCUCUGGGUAGUAUUCCGUACACUAGAUAACAUUAGGUUUACGUCGGAAGAAGCAAAAUACCUAGAUAUGGAUCACGUCGAGCGAUUCACUACCUA